GGCACGACAGCGGGCGCUGCGUCAUCUGGCAAGGCAGUGGGCUCCGAGUCAACUGGUAUGACUGCGGGCACUGGGUCAGACAUUGGAUCGUCUGGCUGGACAGCGGGCAUCGGGUCACCAGGCAUCAGGUCAUUUGGCUCAACAGCGGGCACCGCGUCAUCUGGCAAGACAGUGGGCACGAGGCACGAGAGAGUGGGCUCUGAGUCAAUUGGCACACAGCGGGCACCGGGUCAUCAGGUACCGGAUUGUCUGGCUCGACAGCGGGCAUCGGGUCACCAGGCAUUAGGUCAUUUGGCUCGCCAGUGGACACCGUGUCAUCUGGCAAGGCAGUGGGCACCAAGUCACCAGGUACGACAGCGGGCUCUGAGUCAAUUGGCACGACAGCGGGCACCGGAUCAGGUACCGGAUCAUCUGGAUCAACAGCGGGCAUCGAGUCAACUG